ACGAUAUCCUAAAAUUGUUUUCUAUGUUUUAAUGACUUUAGAAAUCAAUAUCUUCAUGUUAUCCUCCAAAUAUAAUUGAGAUUUCUUGGUCUAGUAUGCUAGUCUACCAUAUUUAUGUAUCUUCCUUAUGUUUAAAUCAAGGAGCCCUUGCCAUUGUGGUAUUCACAAAAGAUGUUUUCCUGCGUAAAGAGUUUACUAGCCUCAUAGUUCAGAAACCGAGCAGUUCUAACUAUAGGGAUUUUGGUACCCACAAAAAUGGAAAAUUGUGUCUGUCCAUGAAGGGUUUAGGGUAUUUCCUUCAUUUUGAAUUCUGCUGAUUAUAGAAGAAAAUUGAUUAGUUUUUAAAUACUAAUUCUUCACAUAAUUGAUGAUCAUUAAUAAGUUUUUGUAUUAAGCUGUUUUCCUCUUUCCCGGCUAAGUCUGGAUCCUGCCAUCCACCACCCCUUUCAUUUGUUUUCCUUGUUUUGCUCCAUCAUGUUUCACAAUACCCUUUUAAACUGUGGAGACAAGUACUCCAUUCAGGAGCACACAAGGGCUAACCUAUGCCAAGAAUAGAGGACAGUUAGAAAUGACUCUCGAUAGUGUUAUUUGUAGAGUCCCCCGGAUCCCAAGGCAAGGGUCUGUGGAACCUGCUCAGGUCAGGUGUUCCUGUGGUGUUUGCUGCCGGUGUGCACCAGCAGAUGUGGCAGGAGGAGUAAAUAGCCACGUGCCGUUGGGGGUGGCACCUGUGGAAAUGAAACGGAGAAAUAAGAUCCAGCCUUGUUUAUCAAAGCCAGCUUUUGCCUCUCUGCUGAGGUUUCAUCAGUUUCACCCUUUUUUGUGUGCAGCUGAUUUUAGAAAGAUUGCUUCCUUGUAUGGUAGCGAUAAGUUUGAUUUGCCCUAUGGGAUGAGAACAUCAGCGGAAUAUUUUCGACUUGCUCUUUCAAAACUGCAGAGUUGUGAUCUCUUUGAUGAGUUUGACAACAUACCCUGUAAAAAGUGUGUGGUGGUUGGUAAUGGAGGAGUUUUGAAGAAUAAGACAUUAGGAGAAAAAAUCGACUCCUAUGAUGUAAUAAUAAGAAUGAAUAAUGGUCCUGUUUUAGGACACGAAGAAGAAGUUGGGAGAAGGACAACCUUCCGACUUUUUUAUCCAGAAUCUGUUUUUUCAGAUCCCAUUCACAAUGACCCUAAUACGACAGUGAUUCUCACUGCUUUUAAGCCACAUGAUUUAAGGUGGCUGUUGGAAUUGUUGAUGGGUGACAAAAUAAACACUAAUGGUUUUUGGAAGAAACCAGCCUUAAACCUGAUUUAUAAACCUUAUCAAAUCCGAAUAUUAGAUCCUUUCAUUAUCAGAACAGCAGCUUAUGAACUGCUUCAUUUUCCAAAAGUGUUUCCCAAAAAUCAGAAACCUAAACACCCAACAACAGGAAUUAUUGCUAUCACAUUGGCAUUUUACAUAUGUCACGAAGUUCACCUAGCUGGUUUUAAAUACAACUUUUCUGACCUCAAGAGUCCUUUGCACUACUAUGGGAAUGCCACCAUGUCUUUGAUGAAUAAGAACGCGUAUCACAAUGUGACUGCAGAGCAGCUCUUUUUGAAGGACAUUAUAGAAAAAAACCUGGUAAUCAACUUGACUCAAGACUGACUCUACAGACUCGGAAGAUGAUGCUAACAGUGUUAGUUUUAUUUUUGUACUGCAAUUUUUAGUUUAAAAUAUGUUGGAUGCACUCGUCAAAUAAUUAUGUUUAUUGUCUGUUGCUGCCUGGUGAUUCAUAACCACCAGCUUAAUUUCUGUGAAUACUGUAUAUUUAACUUAUGAAAACCAAGAAGGGUUAAGAUAUCGGGAAAAUAAGUUUUGAUUGCAUUGUUUUUAAAAUAAGCUAGUUUUCUGAGGUGUUUUUACACGUCUUUUUAUAGUAACUUCAUCUUAGAUUUUUGAAGGGAUAUGACUUCCUACUAAGGAUUUAGUUUACCACAACAAUUCUGACCGUAGUAAGACAUUUUGAGAAGUAUAUUUGGCUACUGUAAACAUGGCUCGUGGAAAAUCACAUGAUGUGGCUUGAUGUGGCAAGCUGAAACCGCUCGGCUCUGGAAAUCUAAGUUCAUACUGGUUUAAGCUCUCCCCUGACAACCCCAGAAUUAAAUGAACCAUGAUUGUGAAGAGUAAUUUGGUACAAUGAAGGCAGUGUUUUUAAGUUAAAGGAAAUAGGCUAAACAUAAAGUUCUAGCUAAGUAAAUAACUAAAGAAUACAAUUACUAAAGUCUGAUGGCUUUGUAUUAUUUUAAAGAAAUGAAGUUUAACUUUAUACAAUGAGGCUAAGCUAGGCAAGCUCAAGAAGGAAAAAAAAAUCUUGAACAUUAUUUUUUUUUGCCUGACUUAUUAAAUUUUGAAGGUUUUCCACUUGAAGUAAAUUAGGAAAGGUACGUAAGAUAACAGAACAAGUAAACGCUUAAGAAAAGUCAAGCUGAGGCCGGGCAUGGUGGCUCACACCUGUAAUCCUAACACUUUGGGAGGCUGAGCUGGAUUGCCUGAACUCAGGAGUUCAAGACCAGCCUGGCCAACAUGGUGUGAAACCUCAUCUCUACUAAAAUACAAAAAAAUUAGCUGGGCGUCAUGGUACACACUAUAGUCCCAGCUACUUGGGAGGCUGAGGCAUGAGAAUUGCUUGAGCCUGGUAGGCAGAGGUUGCAGUGAGCCGAGACUGCGCCACUACACUCCAGCCUCGGUGACAGUGAGACUAUCUUCCAAAAAAAAUAGUGAAGUUGGCAUUUUUGGAUUUAAAUGGUAAAAAAAGAAAAUCUCAUUUUCCCAUGAUUAAAGCUAAUCUUCAGAUGGAAAGCUUGCCUGGCUACCUAGGGUGCACCAGAGAAUCUGAUCCAAUGCAAGCCAGUCAAGCCUACAAAUGUGGUGAGGUAGUCUCCCUUCCUGUAUUUUAAUAAAUGUAACCAAAGGCCAUCUGGAGGUGGGGGAAUGAGAGGUGAAGGAACAGAAUAGAGGUUAUAAGGAUGGAACUAAAAGUUGUCAGAAGAGGUAUGAGCUGAAGAAAGAAUUACUCUCUUUUGAACAAUAAAUACAAAUGGAAAACACUGGAAAA